UGUCAAACCCCUAAGUAAAAUCCAGAUAUAUCAUGUCUACAGCUUUCUGCCAUCUACUUGGCCAGUAACUCUGUCAAAGAGAGAAGUUAGGUUGGUUUGUCAUGAUUUGUUCUUGACAAUUCCAUGUUGGCUAUUCCUUAUAUCCACAUUAUCCUCUCAAUGCUUUGGGGGUUGCAAAGGAUUGUGGGUUCUGAGUCACGGGAAGAACCAAUGUGAGAGGUUUUUGGGUGCAGUGAGCAGGAUGGGUAAGCAGGGGUGAGUUGAGAUUUUUCCUUCCUGUGUUAAACGUUGAGAUCUACUGAUAAGAGUUACACUAGAGUAUGUAUUUUUAUUACUUACUUUCUGCUCCAUGCUGUUUAUCUCUCACCCACCUGUUGCUUUCUGUCAUGCACUUAGAUUGUAUAUUCUCUGGGGGAGAGACACUAUUCUUGUCCGUACAGCUCUUGACUGUGGGCCCUCAGCGCUAUUGUAAUACAGAUAAGGAGGGAUCGCUGGGCUGGGGGUAGGAUCACUUCUGGGUAGUUUCCCAAAGGUUGCACAGAUUGUUCGCCAUUCAAGUUCUGCCUUAUAUGACCACCACCAGCUGGGGCAGUGCACAAUCAUUGUAAGCUGCUCUUAAAACAGAGCUUACUUUCUACACCACUAGAGGAGAGGCUUAAACAGCAUGUCGGUACCUAUGAAGUUCCGCAUGUGGAGUGUGUGUGUUUAAAGAAAAAUCUGUAAUUUAUAAUGUUUUAAAAGGCAGCUUUGUUUUGUUGAGCAUCUUUCACACAAAGUACCCAGGAAAUGCUUUAGUUUUGCAAAGCUACUAUUAAAUAUCAGAGGGAGGGAAAAACCCACAGCAGUCAAAGAGGGCAAAGGAGAACAUGGGUAUCUUUAGAUGAGAUUUGAAGCUAAAUAGACAAUUGGCAAAGCAAUCCUGGGAGGCUGCUCCAGGUGGCAUGAGCUCAUGCCAGCAGUGCUGAAGAGACAGAAGAGGCCGGGUGCUGGCUGAACCGAGGUGAGUAGCAGAGAAGAUCUGUGAGAUCUGGUAGAGGGUUAUCAAAUAGAUGAGGAGCAAUUUUGAACUGUGCCCUGAGAUGAAGGGGGAAACAGUUGUCAGAUGUGGGGUGAUGUGGUCAGACUUCUUCACGUGUGUGAGAAAAGGGGGUGUGCUGGCAUCUGGAGAACCAGGACUCAAAAGCGAAAGGUGGUCCAAUAGUCAAAGUGGAAGGAGAUUAUAGGGGUCAGGUGAAAUCCUUGCCCACGUCUAUGUAUCCUGUUUACACAUCUGGAAAUGGGUAUUGUAACGCUCACUCGCUGAGGUGUUGGAAGGCCUGCUUAAUGUUUGUGACAGGCAGCACUCCUCGGGUGGCAAGUCCCGUAGGAGUGCAAAAUAUUUCUCUUGUUCCGGCAGAGGUGGAAUUGAGAUGCUUCCCUCCAUGAGCAAUGUUACAAAGCAGGGCAGGUGAUGCAACGGGCAGACCUUUCAGACGCAGAAGGCACGGGAGGAGAAGAAAAGUUGAGGCCCAGGGAUGACUCUCGUACUUGGAGCUCAGUCUUAAAACUUUUUCAGAAUGCAGCAGCCUGCCACUUAGGUAGAGUAGAUGGCUGAGAACACAUCCCACACAUGCUCUGCACUCUACUCUGGCUGCCAGUCUGAUAAUGGGUCCAUUUCCAAGUCCUGAUCUUUAAGGACCCAACUGGCCUAGGAUCUAGUGGCCUAGAAGACCAUCUCUCACAACACACCUCCCCACAACAGGAUGAUGGCCUCUGUGCCCUUCCGGGUGACCUGCAGUCUGAUCUCCUGGCUGUCUCUCUACACCUGGUUCUGCCAUCGGUAUAAGCACCGUAGCUAUGAGUGGAGCUGCCGGCUGGUCACUCUGACCCACGGUGUCCUCGCCACCUGCCUCUCUGCUUACAUUGGUUUUAUCGAUGGCCCCUGGCCUUUGACUCACCCAGGGUCCCCGAACACAACCCUCCAGGUGCACGAGCUGUGCCUUAGCUUGGGCUACUUCCUCUUCGACCUGGGCUGGUGCGUAUACUUCCAGGCGGAGGGCGCUCUGAUGUUGGCCCAUCACAUGGUGAGCAUCUUGGGAAUCACAGUGUCUCUGGCCCUGGGUGAGUCAGCAGCCGAAGUCAACGCCGUCAUCUUUGGCAGCGAGAUCACCAACCCGCUGCUGCAGGCCCGCUGGUUCCUGCGGGAGAUGGGGCUUUACCACAGCUUCACGGGGGAUGUGGUGGAUUUCUUCUUCGUGGCCCUCUUCACGGGCGUGCGGAUCGGGGUCGGGGCCUGGCUCAUGUACUGCGAGCUUGUGUCACCCAAGCCCAGGUGGUUCAUUAAGGUGGGGGGGGUGAUUAUGUACGCAGUCUCCUGGGUUUUCAUGGUCAGCAUUUGCCGCUUCGCUCGGAGGAAAAGCAUGAAGAAGUACCAUGCCUGGAGGAGCCGGAGGAACGAGGAGCAGUACUCUGAAAGAAAUGGCCAUCUGAAGAGGCAUUAACCCUGCGGACUCCAACUUCUCGAUCUUGCAAGAAGGGGAUCGAGCCCCUGGAUAGGCAGGUCAUUCUUGGGAGAUGAGCCAUUUAAUAUUAGAGAGAACUGAGCCAAGUGCAUCCCUGGUGUAACGCCAUUGAAGUCAGUGGAGUUACACCAUAAAUGCAUUGGGUCUGGGGGGGUGUUACCUGGAAGAGACUGGAUUAGAGGUGUGCUGUGUGUAUGUAGACAUAGAGCAAACUGUGUGAGUGGGGAAAGGGCUUAAUUUACAAUUAACGCAGUUGCCAGUGCAGCAGCGCACAGGUAUAAAUAGCAGUGUUAGUGGCUGACUCCUUCAGCACUGAUAUAAUCUUGAAGGAGAUAAGAUCAAGCACUAGGUCUCAGUGUUCAAUGUACUGCACAGUGCAGGCACCUAAUGUGACUCUGAUUUCCUGUUCAGAAGAGGUGUGGUCUAGUGGUUGGCGUGGGGCAAGGAGGAGUCAGGAUUCCUGGCUCUGCCACCAGCUCGCAAGGUGAGUCGCUUAGCUCUCUUUGUGGGGAUAAUGAGGCUGACCCACAUCUCUGUGAAGCACUUUCAGAUCCUUGGAUAAAAGGGGGCCUGUACAUGCAAAAUGUGGUAAAUAUUUAUUAUUAUCUCGGCAUUUCCUUUGGAAGAGAGAAGCUUGGUCGUUGAGCCAGAAUGCAAGUGCAGGUUAGAUAGCAGUUGAGUCAGUAUUAUUUUUCUUCUGGUCGCUCGUAAUUCUUAUUGAUUGUUUAUUUAUUUUAUUUCUGUUACAGUAGCGCCCAGAGGUCCCAAUCAUAAUCGAGGCCUCAGCGUGCUAGGUGCUGUACAAACACAUACAAUGAGGCGUCUCUGACGCGAAGAGCUUACAAUGGCUUUUCCCCCCAGCUCACUCCUUUCCAUCAUUAAAAACCAUACCCACAAUGUCGUUCUCGGUUCCCUUUCUAGUAGUCAGGUGUCUAACCGCUCCCAUCGCAAAAAGCCACAUCAGCAAGGGGCUAUAACUGGCUCCCUUCCUGACUGUCUCCAGAGGUGGGCUGAUCUGCCCAUGGAGACUGAAUUCCCCUUUGUGAUGCUUCCCAUCUGUCCGGGGACAGGGAAUAGCAGAGAGAGAGCUUGCUUUGCUGCUUCCUCUGCUCUGCCUUGUAGAUAAAUGACAUACUUCAGGCUUGUCAAACCAACUUCUCUCACCAGCAGUAAAUUCAUUUAAAAACUAAAUCCUUAAGUAGGAUGGGACUGGCAGCUCGCAAAGUAACAACCAGAUCCUGACCUUGGUUAACCUAGUGUAAAGGCAAUGCAUUUCCACUGUGGAUUUAAACCGGUAUAUCUGAAACCAGAAUCUGGCCCAGUGUUGCCUUUGUGGUAGCUGGCUGACCUGUACAUAGGAAAGCCGUGUUGCUGACACUGGCCCCAUGCACAGAUUCUGCUGUGUUGGGGAAACUGUUGCAGUUUUCAGAUGCUGUUGUGUUUAUCUCGCUGCAGUCUCUUAAGCACAAUUUGGUUUUGAUCCUGGCCCUUUUACAUGUGGAUUCCGCCAUGCACGAAUCUACAGUUCAUAUUUCAGUUCUCCUGUAGACGUCGCCUGUUGCAACCAAAGAACUCACAAGCGAAUUGCCACAUGCCAGCUUCAGGUGAACAGAGCUGACAGAAGGGCAGGCCAGUCCUCAAAGGGAAACUCCACUUGUUUUGCUCGGUGCAGUGAUACAAAUGUUCACUCUUGAAGGGAGGUAGGUGGUUAGCACAGGUAAGUGGUAAUUAGGACUCCUGGGUUCUAUCUCUAGCCCUGCCACUGACCUGCGUGUCAUGUGACCUCUUUGCUUCAGUUUACCCAUCUAUGAAAUGGGUAUAAUAUUGACCUACCUCACAGGGGUGUCUUGAGGUUUAUCAACAGUAAAGCACUUUACCCACCUAUGGUGAGUGCUUUCAGGUCUCUGGUGAGUAGUGCAGAGUGUUACUGCUGUGCUUUGAGAUUUGAUUUGAGAACUUUCCCCCAUGGUGUAAACUAUGAACUAUAACUGGGACUAAACUUUCUAACUCAAACAUGGCACUUCUCAGUCCCUGGCUUACUCGAAUCACAAAACCCCAGAGGGGUGUGAUGCUUUUGAACAGUGUUUACAGGCAGGAUUCUGAGAGGUACCAGUUGAUACUGUGAACUGGAAAUAUAUUUAGGGGCCAGUCCUGCAAUUUCUUCUCAGGUAAAGUUCCUGUUUGAUUAAAGCGAGGGUGGUGGGGUUGUUUGCCUGGAAAUAUAUUUAGGGGCCAGUCCUGCAAUUUCUUCUCAGGUAAAGUUCCUGUUUGAUUAAAGCGAGGGUGGUGGGGUUGUUUGCCUAUGUGGGGACUACAGGAGUAUGUCUGGAGUCUCAACCACCUCCUGCAGUGGGCCUGAACCUGAAAAUCUUUUUGGUGUGGAACUCUCAUCAGUCAAUAAAGGGCUUGUGCAGGGAAGGCUUGCCGGUUGGAGUCUCAAGUAUUCUUAGAAGAAAGCUGAGCCUGAUAUGGUCUAAUUGCUGGACAGAAAUGGUUCCAUGCGCAGACCUGAUGGUUUGGAUUGAGACCUAGAUCUUCAGAGAAGUUUGGUGUGCAGUUGCAUUCAAAGUUGAUGCCGUUACAUUGUCAAGUAGCCAUGGUGGUGCGCCCAGUGGAAGUAGUAGCACGUGCAAAUUAGAUAUGCACUUUGCACGAGCCAGUGUGCACUUUCUGUAAUGGCCAAGGAGUUCCUUUAUUUGAGCUUCCGAGAGUAGAAGGGGGACUUGUUGCAGAUCCUGUGAUCAAUAUCAGGACUGUUUAGAAUGUUAUACAAGGAUGCCAGAAGACAAAAGGAGUAAUUGACAAUGGCUUUGCAGAAAAGAGACGGCAAGAAUGCUUCUAGCAAAGGCGUUGUAGUGCCUGCAGUGGGCACAAGUACAGAAUCAUGGACCCGGGGAGAGGGAAGAUACCUUGCCAUCUGAGUGAAGCACAUGGUGGGAGAGAAUGUCCUAAAUUACACUGAGUAGAAGGGCUAACCCAUAGUGUCUGGAACACAUGUGUGGGACUAGUGUGAAGUACUAACUUGUGUUUGAAUUACUGUGUAAUAAUUACUAAUGUUCCACCGGUGGAUGGUGUAGAAGCUUUCUAUUACAUUUUAUAAAAUAAAGACACUUUAACUA